GUGUUAUAUCGGUCUUGUACACAGGAUUUCCUGAGCUCCUAGGGCCUGUGACGUAGCACACCUCCCUUUAUCUUCUCGCCCUCCCCCCCCAGCUCUCCCUCUCCCACUCUCUCCCCAUCAGCUGCAGGAGCAGGCACGUUCAACCUUUUUCCCAUCUGUUCAGUAAAAUGAGGAAUGUGGAAAAAAGGAACAGUUAACAGCAGUCUGCUGGCAAGAUCAAAGCAAGCCGGGGCGAUCCUGGGUCGGUGAAGAGGUAUAAUCAGCCAAUCAGCUCAUCAUUUACUGUCAGACAGUAGAAAGAGCCUCCGGGCUCUCUCUUUUCAGUAGUCCUUAAAGUAUUUGGCAUUCCGCCAUUUUCUUUCUUCAUUUUGUCACAAUAUUUGUGACGCGAUUUGAGCGAAAACAAAACCCAAAACACCAGCUUCUACUUAUCGUGGCUACGAAAAAAAAAGGGAUAUACAGGAUGAAUGAGGAAUGUGGUCUACUGGGCCGAGACCUUUCUAAGGUGACCGAUGAAGAAAUGCUAUCUCACAGCAAAGAGGAACUUGUGCGGAAACUAAGAGAAGAGGAAGCCGAGAAAAUGGCAGCCCUCAUCCAAAGAGGUCGCCUCAUAAAGGAGGUCAACCGCCAGCUACAAGGCCACUUAACGGAGAUUCGCGAGUUAAAACAAGUCAACCAUCGUCUUCAGGAGGAAAACAGAGAGCUGAAGGACCUUUGCUGCUUCUUGGAUGACGACAGGUUGAAAAGCAAGAAGCUGGCUAGCGAAUGGCAACUCUUUGGUUACCACGCAGCCAAAGUGUUACGGGAAGACUUGGGUGGGUACCUGAAAAAACUUUCCGAGCUCGAGAGACGUCAGGACGAGCUUGUGCGGGAAAACUCAUGCCUUUCUGAAGUCUUUCUGGCUCUAGAGGAAGAUGGGGCUUCCAUAAGGCAUCAUGCCAGCCCUGUGGCUUCAUCGGAGCUAAGCCUUUUACCAUGUGGACCACGAGACUUGGGAGAUGGGAGCUCCAGUACCGGGAGUGUAGGGAGUCCUGACCAACUCCAUGUUGUUUGUUCACCUGAUGACUGAAAUUGGGCAUCCAGUUUUAACCUGUGAAUGUACAUGGCUAUGAAUGACAAGACUGUUGGCCCUUAAAAUGGGACUCUAGGGUCAACUAAGCUACUGAGGGAGGAUUUUGGGGUUACUAGCCUGGUCUUUUUUUUUUUUCCUAUCUACUACACUUUCUGUAUAUAUUGUAAACACGUAAAAUCUGAAGCCAUUUCCUCUCUGUAAAUAUGAGAAAGAAGACAGCACACUAAACUCUGUAGAUAUACAGAUGCAAUGGAGGGUACUAGAUUGCUCCGAGCCGCUAGCUUUUGUAUACGUACAGACUGGCAACAGCUUAGUUUCUGCUCCCAGUCAUCAUUUUCUUUAUAUAUACAGGUGUGAGAGGGCUCAUUCAUUCCUAAAUGCCUGUAUACAAACAUCUCUUCCCAUUUAUACAUCACUGUAUAUAAAGAAUAGAAUGGGGUUUGUUGCUCGAAUGGGCAGAUACCAUGACCCAUCGGUAGCAGAAAGGACGACUUGAUCUCUGCUGUCCUGUAUACAGUAUAUACACAUGGGGUCUGCUCUCAGUCAUGGCUCUGUAUAUACAGAUGAGUAUACAUAUAUACAUCCAUCGAUGACUGGGAGAUGGGUAAUUGAUGUGUCUCAUCAUGAGACACAUCAAUUACCCAUCUCCCAGUCAUCGAUGGGUGUAUAUAUGUAUACAGGAGAGAGGGGGGGGGGGGGGAGGGCACAGUCACUUAUCUCUGUGUAUACAAUUUAGAUGGCUAAAUGAGAUUUCCACUGUUUUAUUGUCACUAUGGUAUCCAGAUGCAAAAUGUGUGUAAAUAGGUCAUUAUUGCCAUAGUUUGCGAAAUAGUUCAAAUAUAAAAUACAGGUUCUACGUAGUUUCGGCUGGUUAUCAGUUUAGCACUCCGACAACUCCAUGUACUACAAUGAGUGAAAUUCCUGACAUUUCUUAUCAGUUCAGACAUGAUGCUUCUGCAUCGGAUCCAGAUAGAACUUCCUGGCAACCAGGGAAACACUAUAGAUUAACCAAAGAAUAUCAAGAUUGGAGAUCUUAUUUCAGAGUUUUUCUGCAUAGACAGCUGAGAGACAGGGUAUCUCUUCUCCCGUCCCUUUUUUUUUGGAGUAAUGUUAGCAGCGGUCAAAGACAUUAUCCAUGUAUAUAGACUGUCAUGGUCAUAGAUUGUGAUCCAUGUUGGAUAUUCACACCGGGAGUGUUUAUAGCAUGAAAAGAAAGCUGGAGACUGCAUGGGAUUGGUAUGAAACACACAGACGUUCAGGUCAUCGGAGCUCAAAGUAAAUCAUUUCACGUAUUGCCAAAUGAAUAAAAGUGCUGAAAUGUAUUAUUUUGUAUGGAAA